CGAAGUUUCUUCAGUAUUAUCAGAUUGAACGUUUUUAUUUUUUUGCCGGUAUUUUCGUACCUUUUCUUUAUUAUUUAGUUGAUAUAUUUUCUGUCUUUGAAGUAUCUUUUCCCUAUUUUUUUGGUAGUAGUUUCUAACAAUUUGACUACAUUUUUCUUUAUUCCUUUUAUUAUAAUUCCGCUGAUUCUCAUUCAUCCUUUCUUUAUUUUGUUUACGGUAAUUUCGAAAAUAUUCUUGCCUUACUUUAUUUUUUUGAAUUUGCGGAUUGACCGACGAUUCAGCCACAUAAUUUAAAACACUAGUCAGAUCCCUUGCCUCGUCAACGUUAUCAGCAGCAGCAAUUAAACACUUAAACUUUUUGCCUUCUCCAUCAUUUCUAUCUGUUCCCUUUAUUGUAUUUUUGAAUUUUGGUUUUAACGUUUAUUUAUGUUUUUGAAUUUGAGGAUUCGCGGACGAUUCAUUAUCAUUAAAUAUUGUAGCUUUUAGCAGGUUUAGCUAAACUUUUCCGAAUAGGAACAGUUUUAACAAAUGUCCAUAAUACCCAAUUGAAGAUAAAAACUAUUAAAUAACUUUCAAGUUUCAUCUUAAACGAAUUUUAAAAUUUAUUUAAAAAUAAACGGAAAAUAAUAAAAUUUAAUUCAAAAAUGAAUUUAUAAAAAGAAAAAUAGUGAGAAAAGUGCAUCAUGAAAAUUAUGUCUUGAAAUAGAUGUAUUAUCUCUUAGGAAGGUUAACAGGGAAAUCGUAAAUAAAGAUUGUGAAUAAAAUAGGUCCAAAAACACUGCCUUGGGGAACACCUGAAUAUGUAUGAAAAGAUUUUGAAAAGGAAAAGAUUUUGAAAAAAUGGAUUAAUGUUAAAACUACUCCAAUUCGAAAAGGGUUAGCUAGACAUGCUGAAAAGGAUUACACGGCAAUUAAAAUAUUAAAUGAUGGGGCUGAAUCGUCGGUCAAUCCUCAGAUUCAAAAAUACAAAGGAAAGUUAAAUCCAAAAUUAAAAAUUACUAAAAAGGACAAAGAUAACGGAGCAGACAAAGUGCUUGUCAAAAGUGAAUAUCAUAAACAAUAUUACCGAAAAAAUAAAGAAAAGUUGCGUGAAUAUUCGCGAAACUCCUAUGAAAUUAAUAAAAAAAAAUUUAUUAAAAAAUAAAGAAAGGCAAGAAUAUUAUCGAAAUUACCUAAAACAAAAUAAAGAAAGGAUAAAUAAGAAUCAGCGAAAUUAUUAUAAAAGAAAUAAGGAAAAAAUACGCAAAAGUCAGAAAAAGUAUGAGCAAAAUAAUAGAGAAAAGCGGAAUGAAUACAAGAGAAAGCGGCGACUAAAAAAGAAAAACGUUCAAUCUGAUAAUAAUGAAGGAACUUCAUUUAUUAAUCCACAGACUGAUGAUUUUACUAAUUUAGUUAAAUUAUCAAUUGUUUGCGAGGAGGAAGGAAAUCUUUCAAAUCAAAGAGAGGAGGAAUGCUAUAAUGGGGAAGAUGAGCAAAAUCAAAUCGAGGUAGAAGAAAAAAUAAAAUUCUCGAUGAUAAAACAAUAG